AUGGAGGAGGAAAGCCUGGAGACAGAUGGCCCCAGAUCUUCCAUGCCGGCUGAACUUCAGCACCCCCACUCGAAGUUUUCUCACUGGAAAUUCAAACUGUUCAGGUUGAGGUCCAUGGAGAGGGCUCCUCUACCCAGUGAGACACAGCCUGAGAGAGGAGGCUUGUCAGGGAUCCUACCUCCUGGAUCUCAAAGGUCAACAGUAGAUGAUGGUGUGGGCCUUCCAGGGAGUGUCAUGAAAUUGUGCAUAGGGGGAAAAAGCAAGGAAAAUGUGGAGGGUCUGGGCCAGAGAGUAGAUAUGAAACUACAGGAGAUGGACACCCACAUGAGCCACCUCAGGUGUCUGUGCCGGCUCUGUGGAAUUGCUCUAAGGAAAGUUAAAGGCCCAGAGCAUGAGGUACAUGGGGCCCUGGAUGAGACAAGUAGGGCUGCUCUGUGUAGGAUGAGCUGUAAAUUCACUUGCUGGCCACCCGUCAUCCUCAAGGUCUUCAAAGUGGAUGUGUCCGAGGACACAGAGUCUGUGCACCCUCCGUUUUUCUGCCAUCGCUGCUGGAAGUCUGCCAUUCGAGGUGGAGGCUUCUGCAGCUUCUCCAGGAUCACAGUCCCUGAGUGGAGACCCCACUCUUCCCUCUGCCACCUUUGCUCUCCCAGGAAAUCUUCACUCCAGCGGAGCGGGAGGAAGAGGAAGAGGCCUGUUCGUAGAGCCCUGAGCCUGGCAAAAAGAACCAAGUGGGACCACUGUGAUAACACCGCUACUGGGGAGAGGAGAGCUCUGAGACCAGCUGGAGACCAUCAUCAUGGUCUUGUCCUCCGAGCUAGGGCGAAGCCCAGCAUCCAGAGAGAACAGUGGGUGAAGAGCAUCACCCACUGCCAGAAAGACCACCUGAGUACCAGGCUGAUCUCUGAGGAGCUCCCGGUGGAUUUCCUCUCUUCCAUCACCUGCCUGGUGUGUGACCAUCUGCUCUCUGACCCAGUUCAAUCUCCCUGUGGACAUCUCUUCUGCCGCAGCUGUAUUGUGAAAUAUAACCACACUCUGGGAUCUCAUUGCCCGGCCUGCAACUCGCCCUAUGCCCUCACUGACCUCAUUACACCUGCCAGGGCCUUCUUGGCAGUCCUGCAUUCCCUCCCUCUGCUCUGCCCCAGAGGUGGCUGUGGUGAGAAAGUAAGGCUAGACUCAUUUAAAGCCCACUGUCGAAACCACCAGCAGAAUGAACAGGAUGCAAACCAGAGGUCACCAGAGAAGUGCCUUGACAACUACCUGCUGAUCAAUAAAGGAGGAAGACCUCGUCAGCACUUGCUGUCACUGAGUCGCCGUGCCCAGAAACAUCGACUGAAGGACCUGAAGAACCAAGUGAGGAUGUUUGCAGACAAAGAGGAAGGUGGCGACAUAAAAUCUGUGUGCCUGACACUGUUCCUGCUCGCUCUGAGAUCUGAGAAUGAACAUCGACAGGCAGAUGAGCUGGAGGCCAUGAUGCAAGGUAGAGGCUUUGGGCUGCAUCCUGCUGUGUGCCUUGCCAUUCGCGUUAACACCUUUCUGAGCUGCAGCCAAUACCACAAGAUGUACCGGACCGUCAAAGCAACCAGUGGCCGCCAGAUUUUCCAGCCCCUGCACACCCUCCGAGCUGCAGAGAAGGAGCUCCUCCCCGGCUAUCACCUAUUCGAGUGGCAGCCUCCCCUCAAGAAUGUGUCUGCAUCCUGCCAUGUGGGCAUUAUUAAUGGGCUCUCUGGAUGGGCUGCCUCAGUGGAUGACUCCCCACUUGACACCAUCACUCGGCGAUUUCGCUAUGAUGUGGCCCUGGUUUCAGCCUUAAAGGAUCUGGAGGAGGACAUUAUGGAAGGACUGAGAGAGCGUGGGCUGGAAGACAGUGCUUGCACAUCAGGUUUCAAUGUUUUGAUCAAGGAAUCCUGUGACGGUAUGGGAGAUGUCAGUGAGAAGCACGGUGGAGGACCAGUGGUGCCUGAGAAAGCUGUGCGUUUCUCUCUUACUAUCAUGUCUAUCACUGUCAAAGCAGAGGGAGAGGAGGAGGAGGUUACCAUUUUCAGGGAGCCAAAACCCAACUCAGAACUGUCCUGUAAGCCCCUGUGCCUGAUGUUUUUGGAUGAGUCAGACCACGAGACACUCACUGCUGUCCUAGGGCCUAUAGUUGAAGAGCGGGAUGCCAUGAAGCAUAGUCGACUUAUCUUAUCUAUGGGUGGCCUGCCUCGUUCUUUCCGGUUCUUCUUCAGAGGCACAGGAUAUGAUGAGAAGAUGGUGCGUGAGAUGGAGGGCCUGGAGGCCUCAGGUUCCACCUAUGUCUGCACUCUGUGCGACUCCACUCGGGCAGAAGCCUCUCACAAUAUGGUGCUGCACUCCAUCACCCGCAGUCAUGAUGAAAACCUUGAGCGUUAUGAAAUAUGGAGGACCAAUCCAUUUUCUGAGUCAGCCGAUGAGCUGCGAGACCGAGUCAAAGGGGUCUGUGCCAAGCCCUUUAUGGAGACCCAGCCCACUAUGGAUGCAUUACACUGUGACAUUGGUAAUGCCACUGAGUUCUACAAAAUUUUUCAGGAUGAGAUCGGGGAGGUGUACAAAAAGGUCAACCCCAGCCGGGAGGAACGGCGGAUGUGGCGUGCAGCCCUAGACAAGCAGUUGAGGAAUAAGCUGAAGCUUAAACCGGUGAUGAGGAUGAAUGGGAACUAUGCCCGGAAGCUAAUGACUAAGGAGGCAGUGGAUGUGGUGUGUGAACUAGUGCCCUCAGAAGAAAGGAGGGAGGCCCUGAGGGAGCUGAUGGGGCUCUACCUGCAGAUGAAGCCUGUGUGGCGCGCCACCUGCCCAGCCGAGGAGUGCCCUGAUGAGCUGUGCCGCUACAGCUUUAACUCCCAGCACUUUGCUGAUCUCCUCUCCUCUACCUUCAAAUACAGGUACAAUGGAAAGAUCACCAAUUACCUGCAUAAGACCCUGGCCCAUGUACCUGAAAUUAUAGAGAGAGAUGGUUCCAUAGGAGCCUGGGCCAGUGAGGGGAAUGAGUCAGCAAACAAAUUGUUCAGGCGCUUCCGAAAGAUGAAUGCACGUCAGUCAAAGGCAUUUGAGCUGGAGGAUGUGUUGAAACACCACUGGCUCUACACUUCCAAGUACUUGCAGAAGUUUAUGGAGGCUCAUAAGCACUCUGCCAAAGCUUUGCAAGCUACCAUUGAUCCAGUGGAGAUCCGGGAUGAUGUGGAUAUGUCUCUGGACAUAAUUGAUUUUUGA